AUGACAGAAAAGAACGCAGCGGCGUGGCGGUGUGCCGUGGGUCGUUCGUUUCCUAGCCGUCCGUUGGCUGGUACUGUCCCGUACGGUGUACGGAGUACUCAAUUGAUUACAGAGUACGGAGUACCUGGGUGCAGAUUAUUGCGACGAGCCUAUCUCUACCCUGACUCGCUCGUCGAGUCGCCGCCGAUCAAUCCUGCAACGACGAAGUCCGGGCUCCUUCCUGCCUACCAUCAAACCUUCUUCCACCGUUAUGCGGUUUCUCCACUACUUGAACUAUCUAUUACGAAUUCCGAUAACGCUUAA